GAACCCAGCCAAAUUUGAUUCCGUGCUAACGUUACUGGAGUAACAAAAAAAAAGUGCUCCGUUUAUUUGAUGAAGAUUAAUAAAACAGAGUUUCUAUACUACAGUAGUACCGGUGACGACACGCAUUUGGGAUAACGCCAGUACAGUCGGUAACGGAACAGUGAAUGAGAUAACGACCCACCUGGGCAGCGGCUAGCUAGCAUUGUUUUGCUAACGUCAGCUAACGGUUAACCAUGAGUCUCGCUGUCGGUCGGGAGCCCCGCAAAACUGCGGGUAAUCGCAUGUCCAAGCUGCUGGACGCUGAGGAGGAGGACGAAUUCUACAAGACCACUUAUGGCGGUUUCAACGAUGAAUCAGGAGAUGAUGAGUAUCAUGGAGAACACUCAGACACAGAGGAUGAGGUGGACAGUGACUUUGACAUCGAUGAGGGUGACGAGCCUGAUAGUGACCAGGAGGAAGAUGCACCUCGGAGGAAAAGUCGCGUUGUCACUAAAGCUUAUAAGGAACCAAUAAAAGUAGCCAAACCCAAACCCAAGAAACCAUCUGAAGAACUGAAGAAAACGGAGAAAGCCAAAGUAGAGCUGAAAAGGAGGAUUCCACCAGAAUUCCAGGACUUUGCUGAAACCCGGAAGUCAGUACGGCAGUCCACCAGCGAGCACACGCGGAAAACCAAUCUGCGUUUGCAGGAGCGGCAGGAUGCCCCUCGACGACGAAGAGGCGCUCACCGCGACAGACCCCUUACCCAGGAAGAGCUGCUGGCUGAGGCCAAGAUAACAGCAGAGAUCAACAUUCGAUCUUUAGAAAACUAUGAACGGCUAGAGGCUGACAAGAAGAAACAGGUUCAUAAGAAACGACGUUUUGAGGGACCGACUAUUCGCUACCAUUCAGUGCUCAUGCCCGUUGUCUCUCACUCUAUUUUGAAAGAAGAAAAUGUGGACGUUGAAGGGUUGGAUCAGGAUGUUCCUCAGACUGCACUACAAAACCCCACCACACCAUCCCAGCAACCAGCAGGAGGCCUGUGCUCCCGUACCUACAUAACGUUCAGUGAUGACGAGUCUCUGGAGGUGGCAUUUCCAUGCAGCGCACGGAUGACUCCACAACUGCCCGUUCAGGAGGUCUGCCCUGUCACUCACAAGGCUGCGCUGUACCGAGAUCCGGUUACAGACAUCCCUUACGCUAACACUCGCGCCUUCCGCAUCAUCCGAGAGGCCUACCGCAAAUACGUGGCAGCACAUGGGUUCCCCAACUCCUCAGCAGGGACAUCAGGACUCGAUGCAUCCACAACAAAGAGUUCCCGUCAUAAAAUGGUUGUUAAGCAGGGAGUAGUUGCCACAUAGAAUUCAGUCACAAGUAAUGAGAAAUGAGCUGAUCUUUUUUUAUAUUUUUCAUUGUGUUAAUGAGCCUUUGGGAAGGAAAUGGAGGCCUUCAACUUUCUAAUCUGAGUAGAGAAAAGUUCUUACUCGAGGUCAGCAAACAUUUAGAUAUGAUUUUAUCAUCUCUUCAAAAUAUUUCUGGCACCAUUGCCACAUUUGAAGCUUGUACAAAUCAUCAUUUACAGUGACUUGAAAAUGUGUGCCAAUUUUGAGUGUAAAUUCAAGCUGUGUCAGUGCAAGUGUUAGUAUCCAGCUGUACAAGUCAUGGGUAAGUAGAAUAUUAACAUUUCAAACACACCACACAACACACAACAUAUCUUAGUUUAAGUUUUGCUUCUAAGUUUUGCUUUAUCGGGAAAGAGCUACCAGGACCUUACUCGGCGAGAAGUUCAUAAUAGAAAUGAAUAUAACCUGUGUGAAUAGGGAGAGUGACUCAGCAGCUGCAUCCCAUUCAGUGUCGAGAGAAAGUUGUUUGUGCACUGUGAUCUCGUGUAUGAACAACCUGGAGGAGAAAACUCAAUUUUUAUUGAAUACCAGAGACUGUUUUGUAAUCAGAGUAAAUUUACAUCUGACAGUUUUUUUUAAUUAAAUUUGUUCUUUUUUACUGUAGCGUUAUAAGGUUUCUAUCAAUGUUUGUUUCUGCUGAACAAAAUAAAAUGGAGG